AUAUGCGUGUGUCCAUGGAAAGAGUGACCGUCCAGCCUAACUCGGAGACAGCAAGACAGCAGCUUGCUCUGCUCCAACCAUCAGCAGCAGCAGCAGCAGCAGCAGCAGCAGCAGCAGCAGCAGCAGCAGCAGCAGCAGCAGCAGCAGCAGCAGCAGCAGCAGCAGCAGCAGCAGCAGCAGCAGCAGCAGCAGCAGCAGCAGCAGCAGCAGCACAGCAGCAGCAGCAGCAGCAGCAGCAGCAGCAGCAGCAGCAGCAGCAGCAGCAGCAGCAGCAGCAGCAGCAGCAGCAGCAGCAGCAGCAGCAGCAGCAGCAGCAGCAGCAGCAGCAGCAGCAGCAGCAGCAGCAGCAGCAGCAGCAGCAGCAGCAGCAGCAGCAGCAGCAGCAGCAGCAGCAGCAGCAGCAGCAGCAGCAGCAGCAGCAGCAGCAGCAGCAGCAGCAGCAGCAGCAGCAGCAGCAGCAGCAGCAGCAGCAGCAGCAGCAGCAGCAGCAGCAGCAGCAGCAGCAGCAGCAGCAGCAGCAGCAGCAGCAGCAGCAGCAGCAGCAGCAGCAGCAGCAGCAGCAGCAGCAGCAGCAGCAGCAGCAGCAGCAGCAGCAGCAGCAGCAAGCAGCAGCAGCAGCAGCAGCAGCAGCAGCAGCCAGCAGCAGCAGCAGCAGCAGCAGCAGCAGCAGCAGCAGCAGCAGCAGCAGCAGCAGCAGCAGCAGCAGCAGCAGCAGCAGCAGCAGCAGCAGCAGCAGCAGCAGCAGCAGCAGCAGCAGCAGCAGCAGCAGCACCAGCCUCAGAACCACGACCACUAGCACCAGGUCCAACCAGCAGCAACAGCGGCGGCGAUGGGGCUACUGGCGGACGUGUUGCAGCACCCGGGCGACCUGCUGCCUCUGCUGCGCGUGCACAAGCUCGCCAAGAUCAUGGCCAUGGCAACUCUUACCCUCUGCUACAACAACAUCCAGGUCUUUCAACGAGAGGUCAAGCCCAGACUUGGCCUGGCUGCGCGGGUGAUGGACCAGACAUGGAGCAUGGCGGAUGUGCGCUCGUUCUAUCACGGCUUUGCGUUGGA